AUGCCUCACCACCGGAUACCAGGACCUCGCCGCGCCGAAAAUCGCCGCUGGCAAUGGUGGAGAUUCAAAGGAAAUCAAGAGAAACAAAAGAAAAGCCUACCUUCAGAGCAGUGGCUUGCUCUGGAAAGUGUUGAGCAUAUUGAAGAGGAGAAUGCAGAGAAAUCCCGAGAAAAUAAGAGUGUGAGGAUGAUUUGCAGAGAGAGAUGGAGUGAGAAUCAUAGCGAAUUAAGAGCUGUUAGAAAAAUAGAAGAUGAGCGUAUUGUUAGUUAUUACAUUAUGUUGUCAAGUGGAAUUACAUUGAUUGUUGAAUUGCUCAAGAAUUCAAAUGAAGAGAAAGAGAAUAUUCAUUCACCUAGGCCACUCUAUUUGGAGCUUCAUCCUGUUACUACUACUAAGGAACCACAAGUGCAUAAAACUCAAUGGGAGAAACACCUUGAAGAUGAACUAGUAAAGUCUAGGAAAGAGAAUUCCGAACUUCGGUCAGAGCGUGACGAGUGGAAGAAGCGAGCGAGUUUCGCUAGAGAAAGAUUUCGAAGUUUCAAGGAAGAAUCUGAAAAACAAGUAGUUUAUCACAUAAUAACUUGCGCUUCAGCAAUUGAAUCAAUUGAGAACUUCAUGACAGCAUUUACUUGUUUGUUUCUUCUUAUAGUUGUCUGUGUUGAGAAAUGAAAAUGAGUCAAUUACAAAUGCUGAGAAGAAAGCUUGCAUUGUGAUACAAGGUUUAC